AUGGCCGGCCGUCAUAAACCGAUUCGUCUCCCCCCUCUCAAGACGCUCCGCGUGCACAACCCAAAGCGCCAGGUUGAAAACCCCUGCAUUGCCAUCAUGUCUAGUGUUCUCGCAUGCUGGGCUUCAGCAGGUUACAACGCAACAGGCUGCGCAGCAGUAGAAAACCAACUCCGAAAAUGCAUGGAUGGUCCCAAAGCUCCCCCCGCGCCUACGAAUACCAUCAAUUACCAUUUGGCGCGUAUGCAACAGUACAUGACGGGACCUAGGAAGCAGAAGUAA